AUGAAUUAUUCAUCAUUACUUAGAAUUUGGGUCUCUUUCAUCUUCGCACUUGUUCAGCACCAAGCCCAGCCCAGGGAGCUCAUGUAUCCGUUUUGGCAGAAUGACACCAAAACCCCUAAAGUAGAUGAUGGAAGCUCAUCUGAAAUUAAGCUGACCAUCCCCGUUUUCUUCUUUGGUGUUCCUUACCGCACCGUCUAUGUCAAUAACAAUGGUGUUGUUUCCUUCAACGUGCUAGUGAGCCAGUUUACGCCGGAGUCCUUUCCCCUGACGGACGGGAGGGCCUUCAUUGCUCCAUUUUGGGCAGAUGUGCACAAUGGAAUUCGGGGGGAGAUCUAUUACAGAGAGACCAUGGACCCCGCCAUCUUGAGAAGAGCCACCAAGGACAUCAGGAAGUACUUCAAAGACAUGGCGACCUUCUCUGCCACUUGGGUUUUCAUCGUGACCUGGGAGGAAGUCACGUUCUACGGAGGCAGCAGCACCACGCCUGUGAACACCUUCCAGGCCGUGCUGGUGUCCGAUGGCUCCUAUACAUUCACACUCUUUAAUUACUAUGAAAUCAACUGGACUACCGGGACAGCGAGUGGUGGCGACCCCCUGACAGGCCUUGGGGGUGUGAUGGCACAGGCGGGAUUUAAUGGUGGAAACCUCACGAAUUUCUUCAGCCUACCGGGGUCAAGAACUCCUGAGAUUGUAAAUAUCCAAGAGACCACAAAUGUCAAUGUUCCAGGACGCUGGGCAUUUAAAGUUGACGGGAAGGAAAUCGACCCGGCCAAUGGCUGCACCUCCAGGGGACAGUUCCUCCGGCGAGGGGAGGUGUUUUGGGAUGACCUGAACUGCACCGUCAAGUGCCGCUGUCUGGAUUUUAACAAUGAGAUUUACUGUCAGGAAGCCUCCUGCAGCCCCUAUGAGGUGUGCGAGCCCAAGGGCCGGUUCUUCUACUGCAGCCCUGUGGAGACCAGCACCUGUGUGGUGUUCGGGGAACCACACUACCACACCUUCGACGGCUUUCUCUUCCACUUCCAAGGCUCUUGUGCUUACCUAUUGGCCCGACAGUGUCUGCAAACCUCCAGCCUCCCCUUCUUCAGUGUGGAGGCCAAGAACGAGCACCGAGGGGGCUCUGCUGUCUCGUGGGUGAAGGAGCUCUCAGUUGAGGUCAAUGGCUACAAGAUUCUCAUCCCUAAAGGAAGCUAUGGAAAAGUCAAGGUUAAUGACCUGGUGACUUCUUUGCCUGUCACCUUAGAGUUGGGGGCAGUGAAAAUCUACCAGAGUGGCAUGUCUACUGCCGUGGAAACAGAUUUUGGGCUCUUAGUGACGUUUGACGGCCAGCACUACGCCUCCAUUUCCAUCCCAGGCUCUUACAUAAACUCCACCUGUGGGCUCUGUGGGAACUACAAUAAAAACCCACUGGAUGACUUCCUCCGCCCAGAUGGCAGGCCUGCCAUGUCGGUGCUGGACCUGGGAGAGAGCUGGCGUGUCUACCAUGCCGACUGGAAGUGUGGUUCCGGCUGUGUGGACAAUUGUACCCAGUGCGAUGCGGCCACCGAGGCUCUCUACUUUGGUUCUGACUACUGCGGCUUCCUUAACAAGACUGACGGUCCCCUGUGGGAGUGUGGCACUGUUGUGGAUGCCACAGCUUUCGUGCACAGCUGUGUGUAUGACUUGUGCAGCGUGAGGGACAACGGCACGCUCCUCUGCCAAGCCAUUCAGGCCUACGCCUUGGUGUGUCAAGCCCUGGGCAUCCCAAUCGGAGACUGGAGAAUCCAAACUGGGUGUGUGUCCACCGUGCGGUGCCCAAGCUUCAGCCAUUAUUCUGUCUGCACCAGUAGUUGCCCGGACACCUGCUCGGACCUGACGGCCUCUCAGAACUGUGCCACCCCGUGCACGGAAGGUUGUGAGUGCAACGAGGGCUUUGUGCUCAGCACCAGUCAGUGUGUCCCCUUGCACAAGUGUGGCUGUGACUUCGACGGCCACUACUACACCAUGGGGGAGUUCUUCUGGGCCACGGCCAACUGCACGGUGCAGUGCUUAUGCGAGGAGGGAGGGGAUGUCUACUGCUUCAACAAGACCUGCCGGAGCGGGGAGGUGUGUGCUGUGGAGGAUGGCUACCAGGGCUGCUUCCCCAAGCGGGAGACUGUGUGCCUGCUCAGCCAGAACCAGGUGCUGCAUACAUUUGAUGGUGCCGCCUACGCAUUCCCAUCGGAGUUCUCUUACACACUCCUCAAGACCUGCCCCGAGCGUCCUGAGUACUUGGAAAUUGACAUCAACAAGAAGAAGCCUGACGCCGGGCCUGCUUGGCUCCGGGGUCUUCGAAUCCUCGUGGCUGACCAAGAGGUCAAGAUAGGAGGAGUUGGGGCUUUGGAAGUCAAGCUCAAUGGUCAAGAUGUGGAAUUACCCUUCUUCCAUCCUUCGGGGAGGCUGGAGAUUCAUCGAAACAAAAACAGCACAACCGUGGAGUCCAAAGGCGUGGUGUCAGUCCAGUACUCCGAUGUGGGCCUGUUGUACAUCCGGCUGUCCACCGUGUACUUCAACUGUACUGGGGGCCUGUGUGGCUUCUUCAACGCCAAUGCUAGCGACGAGUUCUGCCUUCCUAAUGGCAAAUGUACAGACAACCUGGCAGUGUUCUUGGAGAGCUGGACGACCUUUGAGGAAAUUUGUAAUGGCGAGUGUGGGGACCUGCUAAAGGCCUGCAACAAUGACUCGGAGCUGCUCAAGUUCUACCGGGGCCGCUCCCGGUGCGGUAUCAUCAACGACCCCUCCAACAGCUCCUUCCUAGAGUGUCACGGGGUGGUCAACGUCACUGCCUACUACCGCACCUGCCUCUUCCGCCUGUGCCAGAGCGGAGGCAAUGAGUCGGAGCUGUGUGAUUCUGUGGCCCGCUACGCCAGUGCUUGCAAGAAUGCAGAUGUGGAGGUGGGCCCCUGGAGGACCUAUGACUUCUGCCCUCUAGACUGCCCAGAGAACAGUCAUUUUGAGGAGUGUAUGACAUGUACAGAGACCUGUGAGACCCUGGCCCUGGGCCCCAUCUGUGUGGAGAGCUGCUCGGAGGGAUGCCAAUGUGAUGAAGGCUAUGCCCUGCAGGGCAGUCAGUGUGUGACCCGGAGUGAGUGUGGCUGCAACUUUGAAGGGCAUCAACUUGCCACCAAUGAGACCUUCUGGGUGGAUCAGGACUGCCAGAUCUUCUGCUACUGCAAUGGCACAGACAACAGUGUCCACUGUGAGACCAUUCCCUGCAGAGAUGAUGAAUACUGCAUGGAAGAGAGUGGCUUAUUCUACUGCCAGCCCCGUACCGAUGCUUCGUGUAUCGUCUCCGGUUAUGGCCACUACCUCACCUUUGAUGGCUAUCCCUUUGACUUUCAGACCAGUUGCCCUCUCAUCCUCUGCACCACAGGAAGCAGAUCCAUCUCAGACUCUUUCCCCAAGUUCGUUGUAACAGCCAAGAAUGAGGAUCGGGACCCAUCACUGGCCUUGUGGGUGAAGCAGGUGGAUGUGAGCGUGUUUGGCUACAGCAUUGUGAUUCACCGGGCUUACAAGCACACUGUGCUGGUCAACGAUGAGCGUUUGUACCUGCCCCUGAAGUUAGGACAAGGGAAGAUAAACAUCUUUUCUUUUGGCUUUCACGUGGUGGUGGAGACUGACUUUGGCCUGAAGGUUGUGUAUGACUGGAAAACCUUCCUGUCCAUUACUCUCCCCCGGAGCAUGCAGAACAGCACCUAUGGCCUUUGUGGACGCUACAAUGGCAACCCUGAUGAUGACUUGGAGAUGCCCAUGGGGCUUCUUGCACUGAGCAUCAACGAGUUUGGGCAGAGCUGGGUGAAGAGAGACACCUUCUGCCAGGUGGGCUGUGGGGACCGCUGCCCAUCCUGUGCCAAAGUUGAAGGUUUCUCCAAAGUGCAACAGCUGUGUGGCCUCAUCCCCAACCAGAACGCUGGCUUUGCCAAGUGUCACAGCAAAGUCAACCCCACCUUCUUCUACAAAAACUGUUUGUUUGACUCCUGUAUUGAUGGGGGUGCUGUGCAGACAGCCUGCAGCUGGCUCCAAAACUAUGCCAGCACUUGCCAGACUCAAGGGAUUGCAGUGACCGGCUGGAGGAACUACACAUCCUGCACGGUCACCUGCCCUCCCAACAGCCACUAUGAGAGCUGUGUGAGCGUCUGCCAGCCUCGCUGUGCUGCCAUCCGCCUGAAGAGUGACUGCAAUCACUACUGUGUGGAGGGCUGCCAGUGUGACGCGGGCUAUGUCCUCAACGGCAAGAGCUGCAUCUUGCCCCACAACUGCGGCUGCUACUCGGAUGGCAAAUACUAUGAGCCCAAGCAGCUGUUCUGGAAUGGAGACUGCACGAGGCGCUGCCGCUGCUUCAGGCGCAACCUGAUCCAGUGCGACCCACGCCAGUGCAAGUCAGAUGAGGAGUGCGCCCUGCGCAGUGGGGUGCGUGGCUGCUUCAGCACCAAGACCUCCUACUGCUUAGCGGCAGGGGGUGGCGUCUUCCGCACCUUCGAUGGUGCCUUCCUGCGCUUCCCGGCCAACUGCGCCUUCGUGCUAUCCACCAUCUGCCAGAAGCUGCCGGACAUCUCCUUCCAGCUCAUCAUCAACUUUGACAAGUGGUCCUCGCCCAACCUCACCAUCAUCUCCCCUGUCUAUUUCUACAUCAACGAAGAGCAGAUUCUCAUCAAUGACCGCAAUACUGUCAAGGUGAACGGCACACAAGUAAAUGUACCAUUUAUAACUGGCUUGGCAACCAAAAUCUACAGCAGCGAGGGGUUUCUGGUGAUCGACACCAGUCCCGACAUCCAGAUAUACUACAAUGGUUUCAACAUCAUUAAAAUCAGCAUCAGUGAGAGGCUGCAGAACAAAGUGUGUGGCCUCUGUGGCAACUUCAAUGGGGACAUGACUGAUGAUUAUGUGACUCUGCGGGGGAAACCGGUGGUGAGCAGUGUGGUGCUGGCCCAGAGCUGGAAGACCAAUGGCAUGCAGAAGAGACCUCUUGCCCCCAGCUGCAACGAGCUCCAGUUCUCCCAGUACGCAGCCACGUGCGACAACGUGCACAUCCAGACCAUGCAGGGGGAUGGCUACUGCCUGAAGCUCACCGACAUGAAGGGCUUCUUUCAGCCCUGCUACGGCCUUCUUGAUCCCCUCCCCUUCUACGAGUCCUGCUACCUGGACGGCUGCUACAACCACAAGAAGUUCCAGCUCUGCGGCUCCCUGGCCGCCUACGGGGAGGCUUGCCGCUCCUUCGGCAUCCUCAGCACCGAGUGGAUCGAGAAGGAGAACUGCUCAGGAGUGGUUGAAGACCCCUGUGUGGGGGCGGACUGUCCCAACAGGACCUGUGAGCUGGACAACGGAGGAGAAUUGUGUGGCUGCAUUGAGCCGCCCCCGUACGGAAACAACUCACAUGACAUCAUCGACGCAGAGGUGACCUGCAAGGCUGCCCAGAUGGAAGUAUCCAUUUCUAAGUGCAAGCUCUUCCAGCUGGGCUUCGAGAGAGAGGGUGUGAGGAUCAAUGACAGACAGUGCCUCGGCAUCGAGGGGGAGGAUUUUAUCUCCUUUCAGAUCAACAAUACCAAAGGGAACUGCGGAAACAUCGUGCAGUCCAAUGGCACUCAUAUCAUGUAUAAAAACACAAUCUGGAUCGAGAGCGCCAACAACACGGGCAACAUCAUCACUCGGGACCGCACGAUCAAUGUAGAAUUUUCAUGCGCUUAUGAGCUGGAUAUCAAGAUCUCCUUGGACUCUGUCGUGAAGCCUAUGCUGAGUGUCAUCAAUCUGACAGUUCCAACUCAAGAGGGCAGCUUCACUACCAAGAUGGCGCUCUACAAAAAUGCCUCGUACAAACACCCGUACCGCCAAGGGGAAGUUGUGCUGACCACUCGCGAUGUUCUCUACGUGGGGGUCUUCGUGGUUGGAGCUGACUCCACACACUUGAUCCUCACACUCAACAAAUGCUACGCCACCCCCUCCAGAGACAGCAAUGACAAGCUUCGGUACUUCAUCAUUGAAGGAGGGUGUCAGAACAUCAAAGAUAACACCAUUGGCAUCGAGGAGAAUGGAGUGUCCCUAACCUGCCGUUUUCAUGUCACUGUCUUCAAAUUCAUCGGAGAUUAUGAUGAAGUUCAUCUUCACUGUGCAGUGUCCCUCUGUGACUCGGAAAAAUACUCCUGCAAAAUUAAUUGCCCGCAAAAUUCCAGGAUCGCCACAGACUAUACAAAAGAGCCCAAAGAACAGAUCAUUUCAGUGGGACCUAUUAGGAGAAAAAGGCUGGACUGGUGUGAGGACAAUGGGGGUUGCGAGCAGAUCUGCACCAGCCGGGUGGAUGGGCCUCUGUGCAGCUGUGUGACUGGCUCCCUACAGGAGGACGGCAGGAGCUGCAGAGCCUCGAAUUCUUCGGUCGAACUUCAAGUCUGGACGCUUCUUCUCAUCGUGACCCAGUUUUCGCUAUGGCAUUUUGUCUAUACAUCAGGCACAACCUCACAAUGA